CUGAAUUAACGAAGGCAAUGUUAAGGAAGUAAGUGCUGUGUGCUGAAGUGUUUAGAUUCCAUAAUACGGAAACAAGAUUCUCACAACGGAGGAAUACGUUAAUUUAAACAAGGUAUUGGUUCAAAUUUAAUUCUGGUUAGCCGCCCACGAACCCUAAUCUCAAUCUCUUCCAUUUACUGAUUUAAGUUAGACAUGAAACUGCAAACUCUGAAACUAGAGAUUCUGCUAUUAGUUCAAGAUAAUUAGUUGAUAUUUUCUAGUGAUAACGUUGUGCUACCACCACUAUAGGAAGAUGCAACAACUAAACAAUCUUAAUUCUAUGAUAUUUUUAUUCCUAUAGCAGUAUAGGCCUAGCAUGCCUAUCCUAAGUUUGGGGUUAGAUAAUCAGAAGUUCCAAAAUACUACAAACAGACAAAUGAAGUAAUUUAACAAAAUUUCAGGAUUUUAAUAGCAAUAAUUUAAUUUAUAAUGCGCUAGAAAACAUGACUUUCUCUUGGUUGUUUCUUACCCAGACUAGCUAUAUCUUGUGUCUAUCUUUUUUGUUGUUUUUAUUUGAUUUUGCUUACCCAUUUUCUAUCAACUUAUUUCCUUGACAAUAGUUUAAUUUAAACUUGCCUCAUAAAAUUUGAAAAAUGAAACCUGAAAUCUGGCUUGUUUUUUCCAUUCAACUCCUGAUUGUGAGGGCCGAAGAUAGUCCAACAUGGUUGAAUAUUGCUGAGACGAUGAUGCCAUUGAAUGUAAAAAACAGAUGUAAUGUUCAGGAUAUAGGAUGCUUUAUGUUGAUUCCAACUUAUCCAAAAACUAACUUGAAAUAUCCAAUAACUCAUGAAAGAUGUCUUCACAAAUGCUAUAUGGAAUAUACAAAAUAUUCUGGAUUAAUAAAUAACCAAUGUUACUGUGGAAGAACAUUGGAUAAAUUUGUAUCUAAUUCAACAUGUAAUACCGAUUGCUCAAUAGAACUUGCUAAUAAUUGUAAGUCAGAUGGUAGCAUUCACAUUUACAAGCUGGACAUAUAUACAGAGUCUUGUGGUGAUGGUUUCAAAAGCAAUAUUUUGGAAAGUUCCCGCAUUGGGUGCUUAGAAAUGCCAUAUAAUCUUCAUAAUCAUAGUUCAGUGUGGUAUAUGACUGGUAUGACAGGACAACAAUGUGUAUUACAGUGUGAAAUGUUCAAGUACACAAUUGCAAUCCCUGUUUUACGAUAUAGUGCAUGUAUAUGCUCUUAUAUUUUCACUACGUUUGAGCACGCUGAAGAUGUCAUUGCGAGUAAAAUUCUAUGCAAUGAUAAGAAUUUGAUAAGUGGUCAACUCGUUCCUUUAUAUAAAACAUCAUCUUGGGAUAACCAAUGUACACAUCGUAAAUUUCUCUAUAACUAUCCAGCUGAUAAAAUGAUAUCUGUUACUGGUUUCGCUGGCUCUGGAACAACAUGGCUACGUCACCUUAUUGAAGUAGUUACAGGGUAUUAUACAGGCAAUCAUGGUGAGGAACAUGGGGCAUACGAAGAUGGUAUGAUUGGUGAAAAAAUGCCUGUUUCUGCUGGUCGUACAGCUGUGAAUUAUGCCAUGUUCAGGAACUUUAUUUAUCGAGUUGAUAUAACUUAUGAGAGAAUAAUAUUAAUCAUCCGAGAUCCUUAUCAUGCAUUGAAGUCAGCUUAUGCGAGUGUAGUAAUGGGAAGUCGAAAAGCUAGUCUGCAUUCUGUAUAUUACACAGAAGAUAACUUUCAUACGUUUGUCAUGGAAGAAAUACUUCAUUGGCAAAUCUUGCCUAUGGUUCUUUUAGAGAAGGCAAAGGAAAAACCUGUACUUCUUAUUUAUUUUGAAGACCUUAUUAAUGAUACAAUGAGGCAAGUUAGACGAAUAGCUGAGUUUUUGCCUCAGAACUUGACUGGCAAUUCAGAUAGACUUGAAAAAAGAUUGAUAUGUACAGCUAUAGAAAUACAAGGGAAUUUUAAAAGAUCAGAAAAGUAUAAAACAGAUACUGAUCCUUUUGACUAUAAAACGAAGCGUGUUAUCAAUGAAUCAGUUAAAGCAGUUGAUGAUUUUCUAAAAGAGAAAAAUUUUCAAGCCUUGCCAUUAUCAUAUUACAGGAAAAAAAAGUCUGUGUGGACAUACCCUUCGAAUUAAUAAAGAAUGUUAAUGUUAUUUUACACAGGGUUUAAGCAUGAUUUUGAAUGUUAUUAUUAUAAGAUUUUUCAUUUAAUUUGUCAUAAAAUUGUAUUUUAUUUAAAUUUAACACAUGUUGUUUUUCAAAAAAUCUUCCAGAUCACUGGUUCUCGACUGUUUUUCUUGUAAUUUUUCCCUUGCAUGAUAAAGCUACUGGGCCGCAGAAAUUUUGUGCAAUGAAAAUGGCCCUGUAAAGAAAAAAGGUUGAGAACCAUUUAGCCUUUGAAUGUUUAGAUUAUUGAUGUUUUCGAGUAGGUGUAGAAUUAUAGUAAUAGAUUAUUAGCUUCAUUAACACUUUGUACCGGUUAUAGAAAGGUUAAGGGUUAUACAUGUUUAUUACACACAGUUCAUGUUUAUUCAAUUUCAGGAUUAACUCAUUAAUAUAUAGUACAGGUCAUUUUAGCAUUACUUUCAAUUGUGAUUUUUCUGAAUAAAUUUCAGUAUAGUAUGUUCAUGUUAUUAGUCAUGAUGAAGCUACUAUAUCUGGAAUUAUUGGUUCCCAAUUUUUUAAUGCUAAACUGAAAUAUUGGAUUUGGUAAAUUGUUUCUGGCUGAAUUGUCUAAAUGUCUAUUGUCUUGACCUGUCAAAAUCUUUUUUUGUAAAGUCCUAUAGUUGCAAUACACAUCUUGGUGCCUUCUGCAAAUAUGUAAGCUAUAUAGAGCUUAUUGCCAUGUGUAAGAUAAUAUAUGUUGGCUAUCGAUAUCGAGCUUAGUGCAAUCUGCAAAAAAAUAUCGCAAGGAUUAGAAAUAUCCUGAAUUUACUCUGUCAAGACAAUCAUGAAAACAUUUCGUCUAUUGUAUAGCUUUGUAUGAAAAACUAUCACAAUUUUGGUAUUAUUUGUUGAUAUUUUGUAUAAUAAAUAUUUUUUAGGAUUAGCCUGGUUUUUAUUCUUUCUCCUCGUCAGUUGUUUGUGUUUCAUUGUUGUUUUGACUAAAUUUGAUGUUCAAAUGUUUAUUUUUCAG